AAACGGCCUCGCCAGAGUUCAAAGGCUGUCCCUUUUCAUCUGCUUUCAAGCCGAAAUACAACCACACGAUAGACUUGCUUCUUGGUUUACUGAUAAGAUCCAUGUUUUCUUCGGCUCUUGUGCAGGAUCUGUGGUGGCUGCAGCCCUGCUCCAAGACUUGGGAUGGAUAGAAAGGACACUCCGAGAAAUAUGACGUCAAUACACCUAUCAUUGUUAUAAUGGAGCGUUUUAAACGUAUUAGCACGCUAUGACUGUGGGCACAUUGUAAAUGGACUAACAUGAUACUACAAUUCAUAUCAUCCUGGCAAGGGGUCAACGUGGAUCAGGGUGCCUUUUAAUAUCUGGCCAGGGAUAGAUAAAACGCUUUGUUGGUUAAUUCUGGGUCAUUACAGCUCAACUACAGUUUCUUUGAUUUUUUUGUUAAAUAAUGAGAAAUGUUCCUGCCAAAUGAAAUAAAUAAACGAAAUAAUACAUAAAGUGACCAGCGCAUGUUGACAUAUUUAAGCAUACCUGUGCUAUUAUAAUAUCAACGUUGUAACACUGUAACAAAAAGUCCAAACAUUUUCACUGGCUAUCAUAAAAACACAUGGGGUGUUAGACAUCGAAAAGGCGGUACAGUUUCUACCUGCUCUGUUUCUAUAUUAUUACGUCUUUAUUUGCGGACCAACGACAACAAACUGCGACGGGUCAGGGUUGCCAGGUUCUGCUGGCUAUCUAUAGACUUGCACGAACCAAAUGUCCUAAAUGUCAAAGUGGUGAAUUCACCGAACUCAUGCUAGUUUUAAAAACAAUAAGUGGUCAGUUAAUAUAUUGCGUUUUACUUUUCAUCAGUCAGCUCACAGGUCUUGGGAAGCAGAGGCUGCUGCUAAAUAUCUGCUCUGGAGUUGUUACAUAGUUCAGUCAGGCUCGCUGCAUGACGUUUGGUGAUGAAAGACACUUGUUUCCUGUGUGACCCCUCCAGUGCCAGCAGAUGGCAGAAGGGACCUGGCUUUUCUCUGCUGUGACCUUGCCCUGCAGUUAGAGGGUUACAAAAACAACCUACUUCCCUCUGAACAAAUCACGCAGGCAUAUUCACACAGAGGAGCAUUCCCUGCUUCUGUCUCGCUCACUAACAAGACUAAAUACAGGCAAUAGUAAGAGAGGCAAGACAACAAGGCAGAUGCUGCACAAGAGGAACUGAAGAGACAUCAGUUUAUUCCAGUGAAGAAGCGUGUCCGAUGGGUAGAGGGGCCACCAAGCUGUUCAGUGCCCUUGCUCAGACCUUCAGCGGCCACUCUCCUCUUCCACUCCCUCCAUCCCACCUAGACCCCCAUCAACCUGCGGACACAAAGCUGGAGCUGGAUUCCUGCCAGGAGCAGAAGGGGUCCCUUAUAUGCCCCCCUAUCUCAUUGGAGCUACUUCAGCAGUGUGAAGAGGCUCUUGGGGACGAACCACGUCGCUUCCACAGGGAGUUCAUUCACCUCAAUGAUGGAGACAGCAGCCCCAUCAGGGUGAUGCAGUGGAAUGUACUAGCCCAAGCUCUGGGUGAGGGACUUGACAGUUUUGUCCAGUGUCCCAUGGAGGCCCUCAGCUGGUCACGCAGGAAGUACCUCAUCUUCGAGGAGAUCCUCACCUACCGUCCUCAUAUCCUGUGUCUGCAGGAGGUUGACCACUACUAUGACACCUUUCAGCCGGUGCUGGCAGGUCUGGGUUAUAGCAGCAACUUCUGCCCUAAACCACAGUCUCCGUGUUUGGGCUUGGAGGGCAACAACGGCCCUGACGGCUGUGCGCUGUUCUUCGAUCAGUCACGAUUCGAGCUCCUGGAUAGUGGCAACCUGCGACUCUCUGCCAUGAGGCUUUCAACCAAUCAGGUUGCCGUGGUGAUGAUGCUACGGUGUCGCAGCACUGCAAGAUGCAUUUGUGUGGCUGUCACUCACCUGAAGGCUCGUUCUGGCUGGGAGUGGCUCCGCAGUGCCCAGGGCUCCGAUCUCCUGCGACACCUCCAGAACUUGGUCCAGAAACACUGUGGUGGGCCCACGGGCGUCCCCAGCUCUGACAUUCCUCUGCUCAUCUGUGGCGAUUUCAACGCAGUCCCAGCUGAGGAAGUGUACCGGCGUUUCAUCACUUCACCUCUGAGUUUGGACUCUGCCUAUAAGAAACUCAGCCAAGACGGUUUGACAGAGCCGGAGUAUACAACAUGGAAGAUCAGACCCACGGGGGAAUGCUGUGCCACUCUGGACUACAUCUGGUAUAGUCAGGACAUGCUGAGAGUAGACGCAGUGUUGGACAUGCCCACUGAGGAACAGAUUGGACCAAACAGGCUUCCGUCUUUUAGCUAUCCAUCUGACCAUCUCUCUCUGGUUUGUGACUUUACCUUUAAGGAGAAGAAGUGAAAAACAAGUGGUGAAUCUAUACACAAGAGGAGAUGGCUCUGAGAAGAGGCAGAGUCGAGGUUGGCUUCCUGUGGGUUUCACUCCACGGGAGAAACUAUGAGGAUGAAGGCAGGAGGCCUAGAACCAGAGUGGGCAGCGGUAAAGUCAGGUUAGACCCUGCAACGACAGUCUACCUCCCCUAACUCUGUCACUGUGCAGUGUUCUCUGCACCAGGUUACCUUCGUUUGUACUCAAGCAUAACUUGCACAGUGAAACCGAGUAGUAGUUGUACUUUUUAGUUAUCAAUUAAAAAUCUAUUAUCAAACUUUAAUUGAAACUGCAGUAUGUUUUGCUUCACACAGCAAUGUACUACAGAGUCACUGAGAAUAAAGUGUUGUUUUUUUUGUUAUAUAUGUGAUGACUAAAUGUUAUGAUUGCUACUUGGAUUUACAAUUUCUUCUCAUUAUUUGAUGUUUGGGAAUUAAAAGGUUGUUUCAUCCAAUAAAAAUAUUUUCUUAUAUACCUUUAACAAUGUACAUCUAUACAUAUAGUUUUGGUUUUAGCUUCCACAUCCUCAGAUUUCUAUCUCCACCUGAAAACAAUGGAGACAUGAAAGGAAUUUUAGCUUUUAUGACUUGAAAAUUUCAACACCAAUAUAUCUACAGAUCUCAUCUGUAUUCACCAGCAUUAAUGUCUUUUGGGCUGCAGUGUAAUAAGACAUCACCCUGGCAAGUGAAACGGUAGUUAUGAUAUUGGGCUAUACAAAUAAAAAUUGCCAUGUAUGAACAAAGUCUGAAGUAAUUAAACCACAUUCAUGUGAGCCAAAGUCAAAUCCCAACAGAGGAUCUUACACAUAAGUGCCAAUGUAAAAUCUUAAAAAAUUGACAUAACCAAGAGGAAAGUGUCACAUUUCAAAUAUCAGUAAAAUCUACUUUAAUACACUUUGAAACAAGAGUACAACAAAAUAGAAUAUACUUCAAAUGUUGAAUAUACAAACAGUUCAGUCUGAACACAAACAUCUUUCUCUCUAGCUUUCCUCUUAAGACAAUGAAAUGUGGGGGCAGAAACACUGCUCUCAGUGUGAACUAAAGUGACCUGGAUCUGACCUUUGAUAUUUUCCCACGGCCAUUUUGCAUAAUCU